AUACACGAUAUACUAUUGGGCUCUUUCUACCCGUCCCCGGUCUCUCUCUUCAGAGUUCCUCUGGUCAAAUCACAUGUACUGUAAGCGUUUUCCACAUUGUUAAUUGUCAAAAUGUGUUCUCAGUAGAUACAUUUAUUCGUUUUGCGACUAUAAACGAUUUUAUAGUAUAAUCUAAUAAAUAAUGAAUGAAACGAAAAAUGGACCGUCUAAUGAAACCAAUGAGUACUCGGGACCACCGGGAAUGGAUGUUGGCGGAACUAUCGAAUCCGACUGGAAAGAAGUUGUGGACAAUUUCGAUGAGAUGAAUUUGAAAGAAGAACUGUUGCGAGGUAUUUAUGGGUAUGGUUUUGAAAAACCUUCUGCAAUUCAGCAACGUGCAAUUUUACCAUGUAUUAAGGGACAUGAUGUUAUUGCUCAGGCCCAAUCAGGUACUGGCAAAACUGCUACUUUCUCAAUUUCCAUUUUGCAGCAGAUAGAUACCAACUUGAAUGAGUGCCAAGCACUUAUUUUGGCACCUACCCGAGAGUUAGCUCAACAGAUUCAAAAGGUGGUUAUUGCUUUGGGAGACUUCAUGAAGGCUGAAUGUCAUGCCUGCAUUGGAGGAACUAAUGUUCGUGAUGAUAUGCGCAAGUUGGAUACCGGAUCCCAUGUAGUUGUUGGUACCCCUGGUCGUGUGUAUGACAUGAUUGCUAGAAAGUCUUUGCGUACACAAUUUAUUAAAAUUUUUGUACUUGAUGAGGCUGAUGAAAUGUUGUCUCGUGGUUUCAAGGAUCAGAUUAAAGAAGUAUUCAAGUUUCUUGAAGAGGACAUUCAGGUUAUAUUGCUUUCAGCUACUAUGCCUGAAGAUGUUUUGGAAGUAAGCACUCACUUUAUGCGAAAUCCAGUACGUAUUUUGGUGCAAAAAGAAGAAUUAACAUUGGAAGGUAUUAAACAAUUUUACAUUAAUGUGACUAAAGAAGAAUGGAAAUUUNAGUUUUACAUUAAUGUAACUAAAGAAGAAUGGAAAUUUGACACAUUAUGUGACUUGUAUGAUACGCUUAGCAUCACCCAGGCUGUGAUAUUCUGUAAUACUCGUCGUAAAGUUGAAUGGUUAACUGAAAAUAUGCGUUUGAAAACAUUCACUGUGUCUGCUAUGCAUGGAGAAAUGGACCAACGCCAACGUGAACUUAUUAUGCGUCAGUUCCGUUCAGGUUCAAGUCGUGUGUUGAUAACUACUGAUUUGUUGGCUCGAGGUAUUGAUGUCCAACAAGUGUCAUUGGUUAUAAAUUAUGACCUACCAUCCAAUCGCGAAAAUUACAUACAUAGAAUUGGUCGUUCGGGCCGUUUUGGUCGUAAGGGAGUUGCUAUUAACUUCAUAACUGAAGAUGAUAAAAGGGCCAUGAAGGACAUUGAAUCAUUUUACAACACACAUGUUUUAGAGAUGCCACAGAAUGUGGCAGAUUUGCUGUAGACAUGCUUCGUAUCUGUGAGUAGUUUACUUUGAAAGAAGUGAAAAAGCAUUCAAACGAUUCAAUUUUUAUAUAAUAUAUAUAUAUAUACAUAUUUAUAUAUAAAGUAAAACAAAAUAUUUAAAAUUGAAAAUCCGAUAUUUUAUUUUUCCUUUUUACUGUGUAUGUUUGCUACCUUAAGAUUACUAUUUCGUUUUUCCAUUUAACGAAAAUGAAAAGUGCACAUUUUAUUAAUAUUUGGAAUAUUUUGAUUUUAAAUAAAACUUACUAUAAAAUUUUUAAAGACUUGUAUUUGAAUUCAUAGAAUUGUUCCUAAUGAAUAAUUAAGUAUUAAUUUCAGUAUUAUCCUUUGUUCAAAAAAUUGGUAGUUUAAUAGAAUAAUAGUAAUUAGAUAAAUCAAAAUUCUAUAAUUUAAAUAUAAAAAUUCCAUAUACUUAAAUGAAUUAUUAUGAUUUAGAUGUAC